AUGAAAAUUCGGCUUAAAAGCCCGUAUAAGGUUUUGGUUCAAUUCCAGAAGUUAGAAGAUGCUUAUCAGCUAAUAAACUGUAAAAAGAUUUUAGAUUUGGAUUAUCAUUGUCUUAUUGUGAAUGAGACAUAUUUAUCUUUUGGAGUUGUAAAAGGAAUUGAUAUAGGAAUUGAAGAACAAGAAAUUUUAGAAAAUUUGACCUCAUCAUGUGAAAUUUCGUCUCUGAAAAGACUCAAACGUUUAGAUAUAAAUGGUAAGUGGACAGACAGUGAAGCAUUUCGUUUGACAUUUAAAAGUGAACAACCGCCUUCAUAUGUAUAUGGAUAUGGAUGCAGAUUCAAGGUCGAAAUCUAUCACUUUCCAGUCACGCAAUGUUCUGGAUGCUGGAGUUUUGGACAUUACGUAAAAUUUUGCCCGAAUAAAAAGAUUUUAUGUCCUAAGUGUGGAGACAGAUGCGAAACUAUUGAAUACAAAUGUGUAAACUGUAAAGGCCCACAUGUGGCACUUGAUAAAGCGUGCUCUAUUUUUGUUAAGGAAAACAGUAUUCGUAACAUCAUGAGUCAACAACAUUUUAGCUACAGAAAAGCACUGGAUAUUUACUUAAAACAGACAAAACAAACUAUGGAUAGCCCAACAUCUAUGAAUAAAGUACAAAAGGCUGAUAAAGCAUCAAGUGCUGAUUAUACGAAAUCAUAUAGAGAUAUACUUCUAACAAAUAACUACAUAAAUCAAAACUUAUCAGAUACCGAAAGUGGAGAAGAGGAUACCAGUAAAGAACAAGCAACUUACAAAAACAUUAAAAAUAAACAUAUUAAAAAAGUUCCUAAUUAUAACGUUAAACAUUCAAAGCAAAAAAGUCCAUUGUUGCAACCGAGUCAGCUACAUUAA